GGGAAGUGUGGAAAACCUGAACCUGAAGCACUGGUGCCUGAAGAUUUGGUGGGAGGAAAAGUAGAAGGGAAAAGAGGGGUGGGAGGGUGAGGUGAAGAGGGGAUUUAGGUCGCUGCUCACGGGCUGCACAAAGUUCUUGACGAUGUGGCUGAAGCCGGAGGAGGUGCUCCUGAAAAAUGCGCUGAAGCUGUGGCUGAUGGAAAGGUCCAAUGACUACUUCGUGCUGCAACGGCGUCGGGGCUAUGGGGAAGACGGCGGAGGGGGACUCACAGGGCUUCUGGUUGGGACUCUUGAUUCAGUCUUUGACUCUACUGCUAAAGUAGCUCCAUUUCGUAUUCUACACCAGACACCAGAUUCUCAAGUUUACCUGUCAAUUGCAUGUGGAGCCAACAGAGAAGAAAUAAUGAAGCAUUGGGAUUGGUUGGAACAAAAUAUCAUGAAGACUUUAUCUGUGUUUGACUCAAGUGAAGAUAUUACUAAUUUUGUACAAGGAAAGAUAAGAGGAUUAAUUGCUGAAGAGGGAAAACAUUCUUUUGCAAAAGAAGAUGACCCUGAGAAAUUUCGAGAAACUCUCUUGAAAUUUGAAAAAUGUUUUGGUUUGCCAGAGCAGGAGAAAUUAGUGACGUAUUACUCAUGCAGUUAUUGGAAAGGACGGGUUCCUUGUCAGGGCUGGCUCUAUCUUAGCACCAACUUCCUGAGCUUCUAUUCUUUUUUGUUGGGAUCAGAAAUAAAACUCAUUAUCUCCUGGGAUGCUGUCUCAAAACUUGAAAAGACUUCAAAUGUCAUACUGACAGAGAGUAUUCAUGUGUGUUCUCAAGGGGAUAGCCACUACUUUUCCAUGUUUUUGCAUAUUAACCAAACAUACCUUCUUAUGGAACAGCUAGCCAACUAUGCUGUAAAGAGACUUUUUGAUAAGGAAACAUUUGAUAAUGACCCAAUUCUUGAUGAUCCUCGACAAAUCACCAAAAGAGGUCUAGAAGAUCGAGCCCACAGUGAGCAGUUUAAUGCUUUUUUUAGGCUGCCCAAAGAAGAGACUUUGAAAGAAGUACAUGAAUGUUUUUUAUGGGUGCCAUUCAGCCACUUCAAUGCUCAUGGCAAAAUGUGCAUCUCAGAGAACUAUAUCUGCUUUGCUAGCCAGGAUGGCAAUCUAUGCAGUGUAAUCAUUCCAUUUCGAGAGGUCUUAGCUAUAGAUAAGACACAUGAUUCCAGCAAAUCUGUCAUCAUUAGCAUCAAAGGAAAAACAGCUUUUCGCUUCAGUGAAGUUAUAGACUUUGAACAACUGGUGGCAAAACUCAGGCUCAAGUGUGGGACAACUUUAAAUCAAUAUCAUGAUAUUAGCACAGAGGUUCCUAUUAGUUCUCAUUCUACAGAUCCAUCUGAUAAUAUUGAGGUACAAUCUUUGCCAUGUCAAAGGGAAUACAGUGAAACUGUGAACACCGAAGCUUUAAUGACAGUAUAUCACCCUCAGAAUAUGGAGACUCUUAAUUCCAAAAUGUUGAAAGAAAAGAUGAAGGAACAGUCAUGGAACAUCCUAUUUUCAGAAUGUGGGCGUGGUGUUACCAUGUUUCGGACUAAAAAGACUCGAGAUCUGGUUAUAAGAGGGAUUCCAGAGACCUUAAGAGGAGAGCUCUGGAUGCUUUUUUCAGGCGCUGUUAAUGAUAUGGCUGCUCAUCCUGGCUAUUAUGCUAAAGUGGUUGAACAGUCCUUAGGGACCUGCAAUUUGGCUACUGAAGAAAUUGAACGUGAUUUACGUCGCUCCCUGCCUGAGCACCCAGCCUUUCAGAGUGACACUGGCAUAUCUGCUCUGAGGCGAGUACUCACUGCUUAUGCAUACAGGAAUCCCAAAAUUGGAUACUGCCAGGCAAUGAACAUUUUGACUUCAGUGUUGCUUCUGUAUGCAAAAGAGGAAGAAGCAUUUUGGCUUCUGGUUGCUGUAUGUGAACGAAUGUUGCCUGAUUAUUUUAAUCGUCGAAUCAUUGGUGCCUUGGUAGAUCAGGCGGUCUUUGAAGAACUUAUCAGGGAUCACCUUCCCCAGCUAACAGAACACAUGACCGAUAUGACAUUCUUUUCUUCAGUUUCUCUCUCAUGGUUUCUCACACUUUUUAUUAGUGUACUACCUAUUGAAAGUGCAGUGAAUGUGGUGGACUGUUUCUUCUAUGAUGGAAUAAAGGCCAUUUUACAACUAGGAUUGGCAAUACUUGACUAUAAUUUAGACAAACUGCUGGCAUGUAAAGAUGAUGCUGAAGCUGUGACAGCUUUAAACAGGUUCUUUGACAGUAUCACUAAUAAGGAUAGCCCAUUGCCUUCAAGUGUUCAGCAGGGUUCAAAUGUGAGUGAUGAAAAAAGCAGUCAUAUUAGAGUGGAUAUUACAGAUUUGAUUAGAGAGUCAAAUGAGAAAUAUGGUAAUAUUCGUUGUGAAGAUAUACACAGCAUGCGCUGUCGAAAUAGGUUGUAUGUAAUACAGACUCUAGAGGAAACAACAAAGCAGAAUGUGUUGCGUGUUGUAUCACAAGAUGUGAAAUUGAGCCUUCAUGAAUUGGAUGAACUUUAUAUCAUCUUUAAGAAAGAGCUGUUUUUUUCUUAUUAUUGGUGUUUGAGUUGUCCGGUAUUGAAGCACCAUGACCCCAGUUUGCCAUAUUUGGAACAGUAUCAGAUUGACUGCCAGCAGUUCCGAGUGUUAUAUCACUUGUUGAGUCCCUGGGCUUCUUCUGCAAACAGAGACUCACUAGCUUUAUGGACAUUCCGAUUGUUGGAUGAAAACUCUGACUGCCUUAUCAACUUCAAAGAAUUCUCUUCUGUAAUUGACAUAAUGUACAAUGGAAGUUUUACUGAGAAGCUUAAACUACUUUUUAAGCUGCAUAUUCCUCCAGCUUAUACUGAAGUGAAAUUAAUGGACCCUUCAAAGGGAGAUGAACUUUCCGAGGAAGAAUUACUUUAUUUCAGUCAGCUCCAUGUUUCCAAGCAUGCAAGUGGGAAGGAAGCAGAAUCAGUAAAAAUCAGCCCUGAAAAAGGCAAAGGAAAAGUUGAUAUUCAAGCAUAUCUUAGUCAAUGGCAAGAUGAACUUUUCAAAAAAGAAGAAAACAUUAAGGAUUUACCAAGAAUGAAACAGUCACAAUUUAUUCAGUUUUCAAAGACCCUUUAUAACUUAUUUCAUGGGGACCCUGAAGAAGAGUUGUUAUAUCAAGCCAUUGCUGUUGUAACCAGCCUUUUGCUCAAAAUGGAAGAAGUUGGAAGGACACUUCAUAGCCCUACAUCAUCAGCCAAAGGAUUCUCUGGUAUAGUUUGUGCUUCUGGAGGACCCAGUGAGGGGAAAACAGAGAGCCCUUUGGAGAAAGAUUCCUCCUUGCUCAGGGAAGAACCUCAGUGGUCAUUUGCAUUUGAACAGAUUCUUGCUUCUUUGUUGAAUGAACCAGCAGUGGUGAGGUUUUUUGAGAAACCCAUAGAUGUAAAAGCCAAACUAGAGCACGCAAAAACCUCUCAGUUAAGUUCUAGAAACAAGAUGUAAAUCUCUUAACAGGAAUUGCCUAGCAGACAAAUUUACUAAGAUUCCUGUAGUUGUCAGCUUGAUUCCUGGGAGUAAAGAUCAGGGAUUUAUUAUGUUACCAAAAUGUUUGAAAAAGAUAUUUGGAAACACAAUGAAUCAUUCCUUUGUGGUAGUCUCUGAUUUUUAUAUUCUCCAAUAAAAAUGUAAUUUUAAAAAAUAUUGUUUUUCAAUUAAAGUUUACAUUCAAUAUUAUUUUGUAUUAGUUUUAGGUGUAUAGCAUAGUGGUUAGACAAUCAUAUACUUUACACAGUGAUCCCCCU